UGUCGAAACUACAAAGCCCACAAUGCGUCGGUGUUCAUCGCAGUGUGAUGUCAUACUGCAUGAUCCCGAGUCCUUGGGAGACGCUUUAGGUAGAGCCGGCCGGGGAGGGACUGCUGGGUGCUGAUGCGGGAUACUGGAGCGCGCAGGAGGAUGCGGAUUUUAAACUCUGGACUGCUCGUCGCCCUUCUGCUCGGCAUAAACAGUUAUUAACACUCUGCAACAUUUGACGCCUUUUUGCUACAUUUUAUCCGUAAAACGCAUGGUUUUUAGGAAAGGCGUGCAUGCAGCAGUGCUGAUUUUUGUGGAUAAUUGCAAUGGGCGGCUGCAGCUGAUUUUCCUGCGAAGUGCAAUGAUAGAGAUGGCGGACGUAGCCGAGUGCGGCGUCAAAGUGAUGUGUCGAUUCAGGCCACUGAAUGAAGCUGAGAUCACAAGAGGAGACAAAUAUAUUCCGAAAUUCAAGGGCGACGACACGGUGGUGAUAACGGGCAAGCCAUACGUCUUUGACCGGGUGCUGCCACCAAACAGCUCCCAGGAUCAGGUCUACGACACCUGUGCCAAGCAGAUAGUGAAAGAUGUGCUUGGAGGAUAUAAUGGCACCAUUUUUGCCUACGGCCAGACGUCAUCGGGGAAGACCCACACCAUGGAGGGCAAGCUCCACGACCACCAGCUGAUGGGCAUCAUCCCCCGCAUCGCACAUGACAUCUUUGACCAUAUCUACUCCAUGGAUGAGAACCUGGAGUUCCACAUCAAGGUCUCCUACUUUGAAAUCUACCUGGACAAAAUACGAGACCUAUUAGAUGUUUCGAAGACCAACCUGGCUGUUCAUGAGGAUAAAAACAGAGUGCCCUACGUCAAGGGCUGUACAGAGCGCUUUGUGUCCAGCCCGGAGGAGGUGAUGGAUGUCAUCGAUGAAGGCAAAGCCAACCGGCACGUUGCUGUCACAAACAUGAAUGAGCACAGCUCCCGCAGUCACAGCAUUUUCCUGAUCAACAUCAAGCAGGAGAACGUGGAGACUGAGAAGAAGCUGUCAGGGAAGCUGUACUUGGUGGACCUCGCGGGCAGCGAGAAGGUGAGCAAAACCGGAGCAGAAGGAGCAGUUUUGGACGAGGCAAAAAAUAUCAACAAAUCGCUGUCGGCUUUGGGGAACGUCAUCUCCGCCCUGGCCGAGGGAACCAAAACGCACGUCCCGUACAGGGACAGCAAGAUGACGCGCAUCCUGCAGGACUCCCUGGGUGGAAACUGCCGGACCACCAUCAUCAUCUGCUGCUCGCCGUCCGUCUUCAACGAGGCUGAGACCAAGUCCACGCUCAUGUUCGGCCAGCGUGCCAAGACGAUCAAGAACACAGUGUCGGUGAACCUGGAGCUGACGGCUGAGGAGUGGAAGAGGAAGUACGAGAAGGAGAAGGACAAGACCCGGAGCCUGAAACUCAUGGUGCAGCGGCUCGAGAUGGAGCUGAGCCGCUGGAGGAAUGGCGAGGCCGUACCUGAGGACGAGCAGCUGAGUGCCAAGGACCAGAAGAACCUGGAGCCCUGUGACAACACUCCCAUCAUCGACAACUUGGCCCCGCCCAUCAGCCUACUGUCCGUCGAGGAGAAGAGCAAGUAUGAGGAAGACGUCAGGAACAUGUACAAGCAGCUGGAUGAUAAGGACGACGAGAUCAACCAGCAGAGUCAGCUGGCUGAGAAGCUGAAACAGCAGAUGCUGGAUCAGGAGGAGCUGCUGGCGUCGACGCGGCGUGACUAUGAGAAAAUCCAGGAGGAGCUUUCACGGCUGCAGAUGGAGAACGAGGCGGCGAAGGAAGAGGUGAAAGAGGUGCUGCAGGCUCUGGAGGAGCUGGCGGUGAACUAUGACCAGAAGAGCCAGGAGGUGGAGGACACGGCACGGGCCAACGAGCAGCUGGCGGAGGAGCUGGCACAGAAGACGGCGAGCCUGCAGACUGCCCAGCGGGAGCUGACCCAGCUUCAGGAGCUGAACAGUCAUCAGAAGAAGCGGGCGGCUGAGGUCCUGGGCCUGCUCAUGAAGGACCUGAGCGAGAUUGGGGGCAUCAUCGGCACCAAUGACAUCAAAGCGGUGGCAGAGGCUAAUGGUGUGAUUGAGGAGGAAUUCACAGUGGCCCGUCUCUACAUCAGUAAGAUGAAGUCAGAAGUGAAGUCACUGGUGAACCGCGGCAAGCAGCUGGAGACUGCCCAGGCUGAUGCCAACCGCAAGAUUCAGGCCAAUGAGAAGGAGCUGGCUGCCUGUCAGCUUCUCAUCUCCCAGCACCAGGCCAAGAUCCGCUCCCUGACGGACUACAUGCAGAACGUGGAGCAGAAGAGGCGUCAGCUGGAGGAGAGCCAGGACACGCUGACAGAGGAGCUGGCUAGGCUGCAUGCGCAGGGUGAGGCCCCCGCACCGCAGAGGAUGCACGAGGUCUCCGUGAGGGACAAGGAGAAGGAGCAUGUGAGCCGCAUGCAGGACGCUGCCGAGAUUAAGAGGGCACUGGAGGAACAAAUGGAGAGCCACCGUGAGGCCCACCAGAAGCAGCUGAGCCGACUGCGUGACGAGAUUGAGGAAAAGCAGCGGAUGCUGGAUGAGCUGAAGGACUUAAACCAGGGGCUGCAGCUGGAGCAGACCAAACUGAAGACCGACUAUGAGAAGCUCAAGGCUGAGGAGCAGGAGAAGGAAGUCGAGCUGAAGGACCUCAUGAUGUUCAACGAGAAGAAGGAGCAGGCCACCCAAGACCUCCGAGGCCUCGAGGAGACGGUGGCCCGGGAGCUGCAGACCCUCCACAACCUGCGCAGGCUCUUUGUCCAGGACCUUACGACUCGCGUGAAGAAGAGCUCUGAGCUGGACUGUGAUGAUGCUGGUGGCAGUGCGGCCCAGAAGCAGAAGAUCUCUUUCCUGGAGAACAACCUGGAGCAGCUGACCAAGGUCCACAAGCAGCUGGUGCGUGACAACGCAGACCUGCGCUGCGAGCUGCCCAAACUGGAGAAGCGUCUGCGCGCCACAGCCGAGCGGGUCAAGGCGCUGGAGUCGGCCCUGAAGGAGGCCAAGGAGAACGCGGCACGGGAUCGCAAGCGCUACCAGCAGGAGGUGGAGCGCAUCAAGGAGGCCGUGCGCGCCAAGAACAUGGCCAGGAGGGGGCACUCCGCGCAGAUUGCCAAGCCCAUCCGCCCGGGGCAACACCCAGUGUCCGGCCAGGUGAUCAAUAACGGCAUCCGCGGGGGUGGAGGAGGACUGUGCUGCCAAAACAAGAAGUAGGCGAAAGGACAGGUACAGCAGUUUGUGUACAGAUGCCCCCCCCCCCCGCUCCCCCACAAUGCCAUUUGAUCUCCGCACCUGCCUGAGACACUCCACCUCUCUCAUCUGGAAGCUUCCUUUCACCACAGAUGCCCCCCCCCAUCCCCCCCAUAUGGUCUGACGCACUCUGGGUUUCUUCUCCAUGGAGAGCUGGAUGCCCCCCCCCCCAAUCUUUUUUCCCCCUCCUUUCUCUCCUUCGCUUCUCCAUCCUUCCUGAUGGAGCUGCAUCGGGUGAUGCAUAACUGCUCAUUUGCCGUUUCUCUCAGUGAUUCCAUGAUUUGUGUUUUAAAUUUGCUGGUGGAGGAUUAUGCUGACCUUCAAAUUCAAUGGUAUCUAAAAUAUCCGGUCGAAAUGAAUUGACCCCUUCAAUAUCUGUGCAGAAUAUCCUUCCGCUGGCCUCAUUUGACAUGAUGAAGUGAUUCAGCGACGGUAGAGAGGAACUGAAAGUCCGGGCUCAGUCGCUCCCCAUCACUGUAAGCAGGCUUGUUUGCCAUUGAAUAUGUUUGUCACUUUGGGGAGUGACCUCAUUCUUUGGUUCGCACUUUAUUUCUCACUGGAUUUUUUUAUUCCAUUCAUUUGAACAUUUCUGUUACCGUGUUUAAUCUAAUAAAGAUUUUGUAUUUUUCUGUUUUGUUCAUGUUUUGCUCUCAGUUUUCCUUAUUUAUUUUUAUCAUCACACCACAUGACCUGACCCCAGAGUGACCAAUCUCAGGAAUUGACUUGCAGAAAUCUUCCUCUGUAAUGAUUUUGGGGGCAGGAUAUCCGAGAGGGAAUUUGCGACACCCGAGCCCUGGGAUCUGAGUUCUGCGUCUCCGCCGGGCUCCGAGUUCAGCCCGACUGCAGUGAUGCUGAUUAACCACUCAGUCCAUCCUGCAGCCAUAGUGUGGGCUGACUCUGACACUCACCCUGUAGCUACUUCAGCCGCUUUAUACAGGUGACCAGGCGGAGAGGCGGAGCUUGAAUGGUUCUGAAAGAUGUGGCUCUGAAUCCCUGCGAAUCCCCAUCUAGGAAGCCUGCAUCCUGUAUCCACUUUGUUCAGCUUAAAUGAACUGCAAGCUCCUGAAUGCUAGCAGGGCUCUUUCUGGGCAAGACAGGUUUCACUUCCCACUGAGACCUCCAUGCCGUAAACCAGGCACCUGACUUUCCCUACGGUUUCUCUCUUACGAUUCUUAUUCACAGCCAAAAAAUGUCAGGGUAUGUAAAUCACAUUACUGUUAUGAGAUUAUGUGGCUCUUUCUAAAACUCAUGUUUCUGUUAAUGUCUUGCUUAUGUCUCCCCCGAACCUCCAUUGCGGAUUGUGCUUCCCUAACAUGUUUGCAACUCAGAGGUGAUUUUUGAAUGAUCACAGUCGAUCAUAUUUCACUGUUUGUCCGUCAUCAGUUCAGUCAUUUCCUCCUACUAAAAUCGCAACCUUGAAUGAUGUAAAAUGUAAAUCAAAACCAUGACACUGUAGAAAAUCAUCGUUUCAGGAUUGUACAGUUUUUUUGUUUUUUUCUCUUCACCCCGUGUUUGUUUAUGUUGUAAUUUUGUUGACAAAUUGCACAACAGGAGACAUUUGCUUUAACAUUUUUGUCCAAACUUGCACUAAUUUAAAAAAAUAUAUAUAUAUAUAAUGUAUUUCUUUUGUAUAAAAAUUUACUAUUUUAGAGAAUUUAAGGAUAAGUUAAUGUAACGGAUUUUGCCAGGCUGAUAGAUGGAGGUAUUAAAUUAGUAACUGUGCCUCGCAGGUUUGUCAUUGCACGACUAUAUAAAGUUUAAUCCUACUUUGUCACUCAUUGAUUACCGCUUUAAUGUGCACCGCUUGCUGCAAGACAUGUCGUUUUCCCGUUACCCAUUAAAAACACUGGCAGAUUUCGUGAAUACAUGAUGUAAAUGAUCACGAUGUAAUGAAUAAAUAAAACGCGAAACUUUUAUCAUUCA